AGCGGUUURAGACAUUUCUUUUGUUGUGUCUUGAUUAAUUCGAUGAGGAGUAUUCCCGCCACGGMUYAACCAAUCACUAGCAAGCAUAUACCACGUGAUGAAGUCAAAGGGAAUAACAUAAGAAACACGUGUGGCGACUUCUCUCGGAAAAACUAAAUCCCCAAAAUAAAGAGGAUAAUCUAAACUUAAAGRCAAUCUCGGAAAACGACCUGGAAAAUUCAAAAACCAGCCAGMACAACAGGGAUAAGGAAGCGGCUUUCGCUUGUCGGCGAGACGUAUAUCUUUUCUUUCUAUCGAUCCAAGGGUCGGCCGCUUGUGGGACGAAAAAGUGGGAAAAAUUGUGGUGGAAAAGAAAGGAAAUUAUCACGACUGUAUCUAGAUUGGAUUCAAUAGAAUGGGAGAGCGUUCAAGAACAAGCCCUUCUGCACAUUUUACAGUCGUACCUAGUACUUCUAAAGCAGUAAAACCUUUGUUGAGUGUCGAGGACGUAUUCAACUAUCUUUAUGGUUAUACUCCGGUUCGACUAGUGGACCCAAUACAAUUACAACGAGACAGAGCAAAGCUGGCACAGCUCACAGACAACGAAGCAAACAAGAACAAACACUGUUGUGAAUUGUGUAAUGAAACUCAUGAUGGAGAAUGUCCAAUGCAUGGACCAUUACACUCACUGCGCAAACUCGUCACUACUGGCCACACCCAAAGUCCCCUAGAAAACGGAACAAUCCUGAAGUUCCCGGAUGAAGUUUGUUUAUGCACAUCCAGCAUUCCUUGCGUUACGUAUGGGGUGUGCGCACGGAAACGCAUUCUCGCAGGGACGUGGAUUGGACCGUACGAAGGCAAACUCGUUAGACCCGAAGAUAUCACAAAAGAUACCGACACGCAAUACAUGUGGGAGGUYUUUCAUGAUGGACAAGUCAGCCAUUACCUGGACGGCAAGGAAGAGGCUAAUGCCAGCUGGAUGCGAUUCGUGCGGUGUGCAAGGCAUAAAAAAGAGCAAAAUAUGGUGGUGUUUCAGUAUCAUGGAUGCGUGUAUUACAGAACAAUUCGCGAUAUCAUGGCWGGACAAGAGUUGUUAGUUUGGUAUGAUGGACGAUACUCACAGUUCAUGGGGGUUCCUGUGGCACUUAGCGACUCGGGGAGUAGAGGUGUACAGCCCCCAAGAGACCUGGUCGCACAGCGAUCACGUGAGCGACCGGAAGUAAGUGAGCCUCCAGCAAAACGACAAACUACUGAACACGUACAGCGCGGGCGCCCACCUUUACGUCGACCACAACCAACACAAGAAAAAGACCAACAGUCGAAAACAGAGCAGAGGAAYGUUGUUAUGGAAGAGAAAAAAGACGAACGUAAAGUGGUAUACCGUGCAGGACGUCCCUCGUACUCUACCAAUAAAGGAUUGACAAGAAAUUCCGUACGUGUAGAAAUCGAAGAGGAUUUCACAUGGAGAUGUAAUUUAUGUUUCAAAGCGUUUGCUGUGAGAGAACAACUGGAAGAGCAUCAAUGUAAUGGACUUCAAAGUGCAAAAAACCUUAUUUGUCCGCACUGUAGUCAAGGUUUUACGCAUCCGGUAGAGUUUAGGAACCACGUAGAAUCUCAUGCGAAUGAAAGACCGUUUCGUUGCGGUUAUUGCACACGAGCGUUCCCAAACGCAGCUUUGCUGAACCAACACGUAAGAGUACACAUUGCUGAGAGUACGGCUGGGAAACUGGGACUGAGACAUGACAGAGUGUCACGUGAGCUACAAUAUUGAAUUAAUACGUUCAUGAAUAACGCAGUGCAUUGUGUGAUUCAGAGGUAUUAACGAAUCAUGCCAUGAAGGAUAGUGACUAUUGGUCAUUAUUUAUAAAUAUCAUCAACGAUACAUYCUACACAUUGCCGUUGCUCCUAAGACGAAAACAUGAUGCAUUCUGGGUUUCUAUGAGACGAUGUCGUGAUGCAUUGUGGGUUUCUAAACCAUGCCGCUGUUUUGAAAAUUCGCCGARAUGUAUUCUGGGAACAUUGCCGARAUUUACGAUGCAUCCUGGGUAUCUGUACACUAUCACUAAUUUCUUGAUAAUUCACCAAAAUGCCUUCUGGGUAUAUUGUCGUCUUUGGAUAAGCUGCCGUGGUGCAUUCUGGGUUGGACCAUGGAAGUGAUUUACAUCACACUCACAUUCGCUACAUUACGAAUAAGCCAAAAUAGAAUCGAAAAUAAUGAAUAAUUAUUCUUAUUAUUUAUUAAGACAUGCCUGACAAACCCGUGAAAAAUACUUUUCGUCAUUUGGUAUUUCAGCAAUUUUCUAUUGUUUUUAUGUGUUUCACGGAGUUCAGCUCCAUUCUCUGGCAUACUCAUAGCUAGGACUAAUACAAACGCGUUUUAUACUUCAUUUUCACGGGUUUAGAGCAGCAACUGUAUAAUUUGUUACAGCCGGACAGCAUAUCAUGCAUAGGUGACUUGUAAAUUWACAUGUUGUACAUAUCACUGUUAAUAAAUUGCUACCAUGCCGUAUUGAUAUCGCU